GUAAUGGCGUGGGAGACAGCUGUGAUAGUGACAUCGAUGGAGAUGGUAUAUGCGCCACACCCUGUGAUACACUCAUCAGCAUGACCAAGUCUUUGAAAAUAUUAGCACCAUGUUCAUACUGCUUCCAUCAAAUCCUUGUGUCCUUCCCCUUUCCAGAGGGUACAGAUGCGUGCAUAGUAUUUAUACCUUUUAUUUAGUACCACUUAUUUCUAAAGGAAAAUUAAGAACCACUUUUGUACGUGUACAAUUCAUCUAUACAAAGCUCUUUUCUCAUGUCUGUGAUUUUUCUGCAGGAAUCCCUAACAUGCUGGAUAACUGCCCAAAAAUCCCCAAUGCCAUGCAGACGGACCGAGAUGACGAUGGAGUGGGAGACGUGUGUGACAGCUGUCCUGACAUCAACGACCCCACUCAGAGUGCGUCUGUAUGAAGGCGCUGCUCUGGUUGCGGACUCCGGUGUGGUGAUUGACACCUCAAUGAAAGGAGGACGUCUGGGUGUUUUCUGCUUCUCACAGGAGAACAUUAUCUGGUCCAAUCUGAACUAUCGAUGUAACGAUACGAUCCCAGAUGAUUUUUACCUCCAUCACAAACAGAUGAACCUCAGGACAGGAGCAUAGAUGAGCGUCCAUGUCUUUAAUCACUGCAUCAUGCAACCUCAAGAUACCACAGUCUGCAGUGUGCGCGCGUGCGUGCUAGUGCUGUAUGUGAGCUCAUGUCUCUGUGUCUGGAUAGUGUUUUAUUUCCCCCUUAAUCUUAUGAUUGCUGAUUAACUCAGUGUCUGUAUUAAACUCAGUAUUUAGUCCAGAGAGUCUCACACUGAGGACAGCUAGUAUGCAGAUGUGACAUAAUUAAUGCUACAGAGUGAAAGCUUCUGUUACAAACGUGUUAAAACACCUCGACAAAUACACUGAACACCACCAAACCCUAGAGGUGUGUAUCUGCUCACAACAGUCACCCACAACUUGUACAGCCAUCAUUUUUAUCAUAAAUAAUAUUUCUUUUCAAUAACAAAGUAUGAGUUUUAGCUUCAAGUAAUCCAGCUUUUGUGAAUUUGCCAGCUAGAAAUACCCUCAGCCCUACAUGCCCCACCCUCUUCUCCUGCUAAACCAAUAAAAUCACAGGAUUUCUGUAUUAAAAUAUGAUACUUUUAUAUUUUAUAACACAAUAAAACUUCUCACAUAAUACUCAGAUGAGAAGUGGCAAAACUUUUUUUUUUUUUAUUUCUUUUUUUUUCUUCUAUUUGACUAGUCCUCAUGCUCAAGUUAGUUUCCUGAACUAAUUAAAAAUGUUUUAUCACUGAAUUUAAAAUGCUUCAUAAGGUGUAGGGCCAAGGUCAGCAGUUGAGUAUAAUGCAGUGUAGAGCGACUGCAUUUCACUGUUAGUCAGACUUUUAACAAAUGCAUUGAGUCAACUGACUUUACACUCUGCUGUUUACUUAUCAUUAUGGUGCUAAGGUCUACU